AUGAUCGUCCACCUUAACAGCAAAGUUGCAUUCACUGUUAGAGGACCCUCUAUACUCACCAAUGCAAAAUGCUCUGUGUCAUCUCAAGCCUUCACAUAUCUAUCAGACUUUUGCCACCGUCACAACCUUGAGAAUCAGGCCAAAGCAGGCCUCGGAGCAGCUCUAACAUUUCCAUCACCUCUACCAGCUUCAAUUCAUUUACAGCCAGUUCCAGACAAAACCAACAUCUCCCAACCACCAAAGCCAAGUCUUGAAGAUUCCUUCUCAGUGAUGACAAACCUGAUGACAAUAAGUUCAGCUGUUACCGGGUUGACUGCAACUCUCAAUGUGUAUACUCCGGAGCCUGUCAAUUGGAGGCUGGUGGCUAGCAAGCACAAUCACUGGCUUUUACUCAAAGAAGUUCGAAGUGGCACACCUUUUGUGAACUUGCCCUCGUGGUGGUGGACCCAAUUGCCCCAGUCUUACAUUUGCAUCCCAUGUCCAGAUCCCGUCGAUGAAACUAGAGCCUUCAUCUCCCGCCAGAAAGAGACGACUUUGCUUGUCUGUCCCGAAAGACAUGGAACUACAUGCCACCUUGGAAGCCUCAUGGGAGAGUCAUAA